AGUCUUUGUCAAUGUGCAUGUGCGGCAAGAUGGGUGAGUGGACGAGAAAACAAGCCCGUGUCAAAGGAAAGGUUGCAGCCUUCGGAUUCAUUUUGCCGGUUCAUUGUUCAGAUGUGGACACGUAAAGUAGUUCAAGUGUACACACACCAGGCUGUACUGCAUCAAAAAGCGACAUCGGUGUGUAAAGGAUAUCACCACAUGGGCUCAGGAACACUUCAGAAAAGCCACUGUCAGUAACUACAGUUGGUCGCUACAUCUGUAAAUGCAAGUUAAACUCUCCUAUGCAAGUCGAAAACCGUUUAUCAACAACACCCAGAAACGCCGUCGGCUUCGCUGGGCCUGAACUCAUCUAAGAUGGACUGAUGCAAAGUGGAAAAGUGUUCUUUGGUCUGACGAGUCCACGUUUCAAAUUGUUUUUGGAAACUGUGGACGUCGUGUCCUCCGGACAAAAGAGGAAAAGAACCAUCCGGAUUGUUCUAGGCGCAAAGUUGAAAAGCCAGCAUCUGUGAUGGUAUGGGGGUGUAUUAGUGCCCAAGGCAUGGGUAACUUACACAUCUGUGAAGGCGCCAUUAAUGCUGAAAGGUCCAGCAUGUCAGCCAAAGACACAACGAGAAACAGAAAAAUAUUCCUCCAGACCACGUUGUGCGGGGACUACAGGUUGAUCCUCAACAAAGUUCUCGAGAACAAACUCGUGACGACCCGCGAGUACAACAAUCUUAAAUCCAUCUGCAAAGAGAACGUAGAAGGCCAUGUGGUGGAACUUGUGGAUAAAAUCAUCAAUAAGGGAGAAGACACCUGCCAAGCUUUCUUGAGUCUCCUGCAAACUGAUGAAGACCUUCAAACCACUUUUCCGGAGCUGAGGAACUUCACCUUACCUAAAAAGACCAUCAAAGCACCGUGCUCAGAACAUGUCCUACCAGCGAGUAAGAAGAAGAAGGAUGAGCAGUACCGAAUAACAAGCUGUCCCGUUGGCGUCUGUUUGAUAAUAAACAACCUGAACUUCCAAGAUGGCACAACAAGAACUGGAUCGGAGCGAGAUGCUCGUACGAGAUUUGAAGGGCGGUGGAGACGACAGCCGAGCGCCGUUGGUCUAACGAGACACGGUCAUAUUCGUGCAGAUUGUUUGGCGGAGGUGUUCAGCUGGCUUGGCUUCCGAGUGCUGAUGUGUGAAGACCAAACCAAGCAACAGAUGGAAGACACACUGGAGUUCUUUAGCUCUCUGAACGACGCCGCGAAACCGCAGGAUUUGAACGUCAAGGAGUUCCGCGACGGUGCUUUCGUUGUUCCUCAGGAUGCCCCUAACCACGGCGACGUCUUUGUCUGCUGUGUCCUCAGUCAUGGAGCGAAGGGUGUCGUUUGUGGGGUUGAUUUCCAAACGGUGCCCAUUAAAGGAAUAACUAGAACUUUCAAGGCAAGGGACCGGUCGCCGCUUACUGGCAGACCCAAAGUGUUUUUGAUCCAGGCGUGCCAGGGGAGUCUCCCGCACCGUGGUGUGUCAUUACCUGAACACCUGACCGAUGAUUCUCAGUUCAUCCCUGAGGAAGCUGAUAUCCUCGUUGCUGUGGCAACUGUUGAGGAUUAUACAGCAAUGAGACAUAAAACAGACGGCAGCUGGUUUAUCCAAUCGGUGUGUCGGCACCUGAAGGAGGGCUGUCCCAGGGGUGAAGACAUGGUCACCAUCCUUCACCGUGUCAAUGACCAAGUAAGCCGGAAGGAGGCCUCCCAAAUAGCUGGCGAAUCAAAACAGAUGCCUGAGGUUCGAUUCACUCUGAGGAAGACACUCGUGUUGUCGCCACUGCACAACUGAAAUGCAAUUACUAAUCUCAAGCUCCAUAAUCAUAGCACAUCAAUGUUUUUAUAUUGGAUAUAAAUAUAUAUAUAUUUCAUUAUACUUUGUUGGUAGAAUACAUUGUUUUGUUACCUGUCCCUUUUCUGUUUUGGGGGGUGUAGCUUUGCUCCUUUGACUAAUAUGUGCUUUUUUUAAUUUCAUGGUGUUUUGUUUGAUACACUAUAUUGCCAAAGGUUUUUGGAACCCAUCCAAAUGAUGAGAAUCAGGUGUCCUAAUCACUUGGCCCGGUGUAGAAAAUCAAGCACUUGGGCAUUUUUUAAAGAAUGGGCCAGCUUGGAACUGUCAUAGGAUGCUACUUGUGCAACAUAUCCAGUCGUGAAAUGUAACUUUAACUUUAUUAUAAGAAAAGUGAAGAGUUUGGGAACAACAGCAACUCAGCCACCAAGUGGUAGGCCACGUAAACUGACAGAGAGGGGUCAGUGGAUGCUGAAGCACAUAGUGCAAAGACUUUCUGCACAGUCAGUUGCUACAGAGCGCCAAACUUCAUGUGACCUUCCAAUUAGCCCACGUACAGUACGCAGAGAGCUUCAUGGAAUGGGUUUCCAUGGCCGUGCAGCUGCAUCUAAGCCCUGCAUCACCAAGUCCAAUGCAAAGCGUGGGAUACAGUGGUGUAAAGCACGUCCCCACUGGACUCUAGAGCAGUGGAGACACCUUCUAUGGAGUGAUGAAUCACGCUUUUCCAUCUGGCAAUCUGAUGGACCAGUCCUGGAAAAACAACCCCACACCAUAAUUCCUCCUCCACCAAAAUGUCACACUCGGCACAAUGCAGUCCGAAAUGUACCGUUCUCCUGGCAACCUCCAACCCAGACUCAGAUUCUGAUCAUUUGGAUGGGUGGCCAAAUACUUUUGGCAAUAUAGAGUAUAUUUUAUAUAAUGUUCCAUUCAAGAAAAAUAUAAUCUUUCAUUAAAGGCCUACACUUGAUGUGACAUUAAUAUCCAUAAGAAGUGAAUAUAAACAUGCGUGUAUAUGUUGGUGCUUUCACUGCUGUCGUCUUUUCUAUUUUUCUCAAUUGUUGUCUUUGUGUGUAGAGAUUCAUUAAAAUAUUUUGCUGACAAAA